GGUCAGUGGGAUGUAGGAGCUUCAGAUACAUUUUGCUAAGGUGCAGCAUGGUGGGGUCACAUAUUUAAACAGUUACAUCAGUGUUAGAUGCAAUGCUAUCGGAAAUGGUUUAAUACUUCUUCCAUUGAUUGGCCUUGUGUGACAGCUGUUUCAUCCAUAGCUUGCCACCAUUUAUUUGCUGACAAAACAUAAGCACGCUCAAGCUACAACAGCAAUAAUGAAACACUUUCUGAUCUGUGCUUUGGCUGCGCUCGUCCUCAUUCAGGUCGCCUCGGGAUUCAAAAUCCGUCGCGUUGUCUAUGUGGUACCAGUGGCUCCAAGCACCACAACAACUGCACCCGUGGUAGGAGCUAGCACGACUGUUGGGCCAACAACAACCACAGUGGCUCCACCCACGGUGAUUUACUGCUCCUGGAAGAACAAUUGGUGUCGUCCCGCCUCGAACUCGGUGCGGAACUGCAAGUGGGGCAUCUGCAAAUACACUGGAUAAAAAUGUGAAAAAUAAUUGUAACAAAUACCCAAAACGUAAAUAAAUAAUCAUCAAA